AUGGGCAAGUUUGCAACCGCUGCCCUCGGAGCAGCAGCUCUGCUCGCUUCUAUUGCGCCCGCGACUGCGGCUUCCGGCACUGUUGGCUUCACAUUCGAAAAGCGCCGCGUACCAGCGCAGGAUGCUCCUCAUCUGUCACGACGUCAGUCCAAGACGAUCAAGGCCGGUCUGGACAACGAGAUUCUGCUCUACUUCAUCAAUUGCACCGUGGGAACUCCCGGUCAGCCAUUCCAGCUGCAGCUUGACACCGGCUCGUCAGAUAUUUGGUUCCCUGACGCCAAUGCCCAAAUCUGUCAGCAAAACGGGGGCUGCUCCCAGUUUGGAGCGUACAAUGCCGCCCAGUCCUCCACCUUCGCCGACCCCAACCUCCCCCAAUUCCAGAUCCAAUACGUCGACGGCUCUCAGGUCGUCGGACAAUACAUUUCUGAUGUGCUGGAGGUUGGCGGAGUUAAACUGACAAAUAUGACCAUGGCUGCUGCCCAGCAAGCAAACACCCGAGCAAUUGGAAUCAUGGGCAUUGGAUUCCAGUUGGGCGAGGCCUCUGCGUCGCUUGACGGCUUCACAUACCCCAAUGUCAUCAACGUCAUGAAGAAUGAGGGUUUCAUCAACUCUCUCGCAUAUUCCCUGUGGUUGGACGAUUUGAACUCCAGCACGGGCUCGAUUCUCUUCGGCGGCGUCGACACAAACAAAUACCACGGUGACUUGGUUUCUCUUCCCAUUCAGAUCGACUCGCAAACAGGCGUUAUUGAUUCUUUUACCGUCGCCUGGACCGGUCUUACCGUCCAUGGAGGCGGGCAGACCUCGGACGUCUCUCCCAGCUCGCCUCAACCCGCCAUCCUCGACUCUGGCACCACAGACACCUUGCUUCCUGACAAUAUCGCAAACAACAUCUUUAACGGUGUCGGUGUGGUGACAGACCCGCAAUUUGGCAAUGUCGUGCGAUGCAAUCUCGCCAACGACGAUCUCACCUUCUCAUUCCAGUUCGGCGGCAAAGGUGGCCCUGUUGUUAAUGUCUCACUCUCUGAAUUCGUUACUCCCUUGAUCACAACAGACGGCUCUCAGCCAACCUUCCAAAAUGGGGAUCUGGCUUGUUCAUUCGCCAUCGACGCCGCAGGAAGUAAUCCUAUCCUUUUCGGUGACUCCUUCCUCCGCAGCGCCUACGUGGUCUACGACCUAGAAAACAACCAAAUCGGUAUCGCUCAGACCAACUUUGCCGCUACCGACGCAAACUCCAACGUCCGAGCAUUCCAGCCUUCGGGAAGCAUCCCCAACGUUGUGUCGACUGCGUCGGCCGCGAGUGUGGCCCAGACUUUCACAGGCAACCCAGAAGUGACAGCGGCCACGCCCACCGCUACAGGACAAUUGGGUGGUGGCACCUCAAGGAGUGCGACAUUCAGUUUGACCCCGGCCACGGGCACGAGUACUUCUGGCUCCAGCGGUGGAGGACAAUCGAAUGCGGCGAAUGCCAACUUCCGCAUAAUUCCUAUGCAGAUGACGAGUUUGUUGGCGGCAGGUGUAGUGGUGGUAGGAUUUUUGUUCGGUGGUGGGUUGAUGUUGUUCUAA